GUUCAAAUUGAAAUACAUUUCGUGUUAAUUUAAAAUAUUAAUUUUGUACGGACGCUCUUAUGGAUUGAUUAUAUAUGUAGUUAUUUUCCUGCAAGUUUUCUAUGCAUUAGAAAAGAAUAAGUUUAAUUUAAGAGUAUAUAUAUAGUAAAUUUUAUAAUGCCAAUUUGUAAGCGUGACUUUGGAAAUAAUCCUCCCAAAAGCAAUGACACUUUUCAUGACAACGAAGAAGUUUUUUUCUGCGAGGUAACAAAAGAGAUCUUCCGGGAAUAUGAAGAUUACUUCAGACAUGUAAUGAUGAUCAACUCGACAGUUUGGCAAUGUGAGGCCACUGGUCGAGAAAACCUAACAUAUGCAGAAGCUCUGAAAAGUGAGCGCAAAUAUAGAAGAAAAAUGGAACAAUUUAAAGAUAGUUUGCGCCCUGUUGUAAUGCUAGUAAUUGAGGAGGCAAAACAAUCCUCUAUUGGAUCACUUCAUUCGAUAUUGUCGAAGUUUUUAAGAAGAAGAUUCUUUUUAAAUGAAGAAAUUUCAAUCUAUAAUAAAUCAAGUGAUGCAUAUAAAGUUAUAGAAAUUAUCCCGCCAAAGGGGACACCACCUGAAAAUGGUGUGUAUGAUGAUACUGAAGAAAUUCAAUAUAGGGUAAAACGGAUAAAGCAACCUCACACAGAAACUGUAGUUCCAUUUAAAAGCGUACGUCGUCAACAGUUUGAACUAACAUCAGAAAAUUUACAUAUGUUUAUUCGAAAUAAUGUUAGUCGAAUAGAAGGAAUAUUACGACCUAAUCCAGAGUCUUAUAAAACUUAUAUUAUAGAUCGAAAAAUUAUAUUUUCUUCAAUAUUCAUUGGUAAAAUGCCAUACUUUACACCGGCUAAGAUAAAAAAACCUAAUGAAGAAAACAACAAAAAGCAAGCAUCGAUAAGUAAUUAUUUAAUCAAAGAUGAGAAGAAUAAAAAGUCAAUUCUCGAUGAACAAGCAAGGAUUGAAAGGGAAAGAAUGGAAAUAAUUGAGGCAAAAGCGAAGCUUUUAAAGGAAGAGAAAGAACGUGAGAGACUAGAAAAACGUGCUAAACUUAUGGAAAAAAUAGAAGAGGAAUGUACGGAACUUUUAGUAAAGACAGACGAUUUAGAAAGGAAAGAUCAGCGUUUGUUACCAAAAUUCACACCCAUUACAACCAUUAUUCCGAAUAAACUUUUGGGUGAUGCUUUUAUGUUACGAGAAUUUAUGCAUACAUUUUCUGGUAUCCUUUCUGGCGCUGAGGUAUUUCGCGGCAACUUAAAUUUUAUGGAAAUGUCUCGUGCAUUCACGGCACGUGAAGUGGCAGGACCACUGUCAGAUAUAUUGCUGGUACUAAUAGGGACUAUUUUUGAUUUGCAAAAGGAAGAAGAAGAAGAUUGUGCUGUGGAAUAUAUUAUACAACAUCAAAAAACCUUGAAUAAUCAGGAACCGUUAGUGAGCAUGUCGGAGGCAAGUAGAACACAUAUCUACUCAAAGAGACAUUUUUCAUUUAAGAUUAAUGAAUUGCCUCUUGACUCUCUUACGGUAUCUGAAGUACUUCGUCUACAUAUCUUGUCGUCUGGAGCAUUUGUUAAAGAAAGAGCUGAGAAAUGGCGUAUAGCAUAUCGCAAUGGUUAUAGCAACUCUGAAGAUCCAGGAUUAAUACUUCGGUUACGGUUUCCACAUAUUUUAAGAGCUCUAAAUAUGUACACCGUUUAUCAUUUACCUUUUGCAGAUAUAAUGCGAGUUAUAAACUGCCUUAUGUCUCAAAUAUUAACUUAUUCGAGCACUAUAAAUUUAAUUGAAGAGCGCAUGGAACAAAUGGCAAAAGCUCGAUCAGAAUUACGUAUGCUCUCAAUUAAAGAAAAUAAACGACAAACUAAAGUUCAGUUAGAUAAACGCGAACUGAUAGUUAAACACAAUCAGCAGUUUUUGGAGCAAAAUGAUAAAAAUGAGAACCAGAGAAAAGAACUAGAAGAAAAACUGAAUAAGAAAAUAGCAGAAUUGUUAGCGCAGUCGGAAAGAGAGCAUAGAAAACAUGAACAAGAAGUGGAAGAGUUAAACACAGCGCUUUUCAAUUUUUUGGUAUAUUUAGGAAUGGAUAGAGCUUACCGAAAAUAUUACGUGCUUGAAUCAAUGCCUGGAAUAUUUGUAGAACAUAAUCCAGAUUGUAUGGAUACUUGCCUAAGUAAUCCACCAGUAAAUAAUAUAAAUCCAUUAAUUUCAUCAAAUUAUCCUCGAAAUCGAAAGGAUUUACGUGCGUAUCUUCUUAAAAUUUACACUGAUGACGAAAAAAAAAAUUUACAAAUACAAAAAGGAGCAUUACAAAGUAAACUAAAAGCCCCAGUGUCACAAGAAAAUAAAGAAAAUAGCCAAAAUGGUCUACUUAAUGGUUUAAGUAAUGGUUAUGAUAAAAUGAAUGAAAGUAAUGGUGUUGAGCAGUUGGAAAAUGAAUCGCCUGUUGAAGUGAAUGGGGAAGAAGUUAAACCGCCCACUCAGUAUGAACUUUAUAUGUGUACUGGAGAUCCACAUAAUUGCAUUGUGCAUGACGCUCGUAAUGCUGAUAGGGUGCGUUGGACUUAUUUGUAUGAAGAAGACGAUAUUCAGGUCCUCAUAGACACACUAAAUCCGUUAGGUGAACGCGAAUUCCAGUUACGUGAACAAUUAAAAGUAUUGCGGACACUUAUUUUGAAUCAUGUUAAAAAAUGUCCAGUAGAUGUUCUUUCAGUUGAUUCGAAGCAAAUGGUUAAAACUAAAAAUAUAAUGGGUCUUGAAACACAUCGCAAGUACGGAAAAGCAAAUUUUGGAUAUAGCGAAUCUUUUAGUCUUAACGAAGUUAUGUAUGGAAAGCUUGUGGAGAACAUUUUACAAUUUGAGAGUGAAAUUUAUACAGGUGAUCUGGGACGUCUAAAAGUAAAAGAUAUGAUUAAAUGGCGUUCUGAUGUAGAAAACAAUUCGUAUGAUCCGCAAGGGAAGUUGCAAUGGGGUCCAACUGAGCAAAGGCUGGGCACAGGUGGUAAUGGUGGAGAAGCCGAAAAUGAUUCACGUACUGAUGAAGAAUCGGAAAAUGAAGCUGACUUAAAAGAGGGUGGAAAAUUCGCUAAUAAACCAUAUAUGGAUCCCGGUCGUCGUUUGGGUAAUACGAUGGAAAUCGAUUCAGAAGAUAGUGAUGAUGAAGAAAUUUCCUUACAUGACUCAGAAACACUACGCACAUGUGUUAAAAACUUAGCUUCGGCAUUGUUGCAAGUUGAGCAAGCUAUUGAAAGACGUUUUAUUAAGGAACCAUUCGGCGCGCCUAUCCGAGAAUUGAAGGAUAAAAUUUUGUUAGAACGCAAGAUUAAAGCGGGAGCUGAUGCACUAAAACAAUGGGAAGUUUCACUUAUGGAAAGCACAAGCUAUUCACAGGUGUAUUUGCAUUUGAAUAUAUUACAUGACUCAAUAUUGUGGGUUCGCUCCACAAAUAAAUCAUAUUGCCAGGUCUGCAGGCGUGGUAGCGAUCCCGAAAAGAUGCUAUUAUGUGACGAAUGCAAUGGCGGUACACAUAUGUUUUGUAUGAAACCAAAAAUGAAGACAGUACCGGAAGGUGAUUGGUAUUGUGCUCGCUGCGUUAAACGUUUAGGAUUACAAAAUGAAGACGAUAAGAAAAAAGAUAAAAAGAAACGUAAAAGUACAUUUGUGGUUGAUGAAGAGGCUUGUAGUGAUAUGUCAUCAGAUUUCUUAAAUUCAAAAGAAAACGUGAAAACAAAGGAGAAGCAACUGAAUGGGGAUAAACGCACAAAAAAACGUUUGCCAACAAAUGAAAUCGAAGAAAUAAUUGAAGAGGAAGAUGAGAAUGAAAUUGAUGAAAAAGAUGAAGAUGAAGAAGUGGAGGAUGUACAGGAAUAUGAUCUAGAUGAUAGUAUAUCAACUGGAGAGGUUGAUGAGUCGAGAAAUAAAACUGUAGAGGACACUUCAAGUGAAGAGGAUGACAAUGUCUGCAUAAUUUGCUCAUAUGAUGGCGGAGAUUUGUUUUGCAAUCAAUGCAAAGAUGUUUUCCAUUUGGAAUGUGCUAACUUGAAACGACCACCACGGUAUAAUUUUUUGUGUCCCAAAUGUAAAAAUAAGGAAUCACGGAAACGAAAAGUUGUUAAUGAUAACAAUUCAACUGAUGAAGAUAGCGAAGAAAGUGAUGAAGAACCAUUAAUAAAACGAUCACGUCAGUCACGUGGUUCACUACAAAAUUCAUUGCCAAAUGGAAAUAACAAUCAGGAAAAAAGCAGUGGUCGUAGAUCACAUCGGCGAACAGGAGACAACUUGCCACUUAAUAGUUCAGCGUUAUAUGAACUAUUGGAAGGUAUAAUGAAACAUGAGUUUGCUUGGCCAUUUUUACGACCAGUUUCCCAAUCUGAGGUUCCAGAUUACUAUAAAAUUAUUAAAAAUCCUAUGGAUUUCGCUAAAGUAAAAUCUAAGCUCAACAUGGGAAAAUACCAGAUAAAUGAAGAAGUUAUGAAUGAUAUACAACUAAUUUUUAACAAUUGCGAUCAGUACAAUGUAAAAGGAAACGAAAUCUAUCAAGCUGGCUUCGAUUUGGAGAAAUAUGUCAUCGAAAGAUGUAGAGAAUUGCAUUUGCCAUUCAAGUCAAGCGAUAUGAAUGAAUAAAUUAUAGAAUAGUUAUGUCGAUAACAUAUGAUGAUUCACACCGCUUCAACUUAAUAUAGAAUUUUAUUUUGUAAAUUUAGUUUAACAUUACAAUAAGUCUUGUCUUUAGUUAUUACUCAUACUUUAUUUUUAAAUCCUAUAAAUUCUAUAUUAUAAAUUACCUGUUAAUGCUUGCUAAAUGUACGUAAACUUAGAACGAAAUUGUUGUCCAGUUUGUAAUUUGUGGAUAUAAAAUGUAUUUUGCUAUUAUGUUUAAUAUCAACAUUUUUAAUUCAACUUUAUUUUAAUGUAAACUCUUUUUACUCAGUUUUACAUAUAGUUUUAGGAACAAAAUUGUUUCUUA